CUGUUUGAAUUUAGGGCACGAUGGCUGUACUGAAGCUGCAUCAUCCCAUUCAAGGGCAAGUUUUGUUCAUUCUGAUGCUAGGUUUUCAUGCUGGGGACUUUGCCAAGAAAGAUCACGACAGGAGGAACCUCCUUUAUGGAGAGAGGGGUGCUGAUCGAGACCACUGUUCCUUCACAGUGAUGAUUCCUAAGGCAGAUACACAGAAGUGCUCCAGCCCAGCUUACAUCACACGUGAGAUUCGAGAACUUCGUGCCGCGAACAACAACCUAACGUCCUUCUUCUCCGCUCUCCACGACCAGACCGUCAGACAGCGAGCGACGCUGGGAGCCAUGGAGAGGCGCUACAAGGAGGACUACUCUGAGGACAUCAAACGCCUGGAACAGGAAAACAGAUUCCAGAGUGCCCUUAUCAAGCGGCUUGAAGUUCUCAUUGAUAGAAAAACCAAGUCGAUACCAACAAGGGGUCUGGAGGAGCGCCGUCCGAGUACUUCCCUCAACCUGGAAAAGCUGUCCGACCUAGAUGCCGACCUUGUCCGCAAACGCUUGGACGAGCAGGCCCACAUGAUGGACAUUCUGGAGCAGCUGACCAAGCGGCUGGACGGGGAAAACAGAGACCAGGACGUGAUGGGGGCCAAGCUGGACACCAGGGUGACCGAGCUGUCCGAAACGGUGGCAUACCUGUCCACGGCCUUCAAGACGCUGGAGAAGGAGUACCGUCGACAGAUCACUCAGCUGCAAGACAUCGUGGUGGGGCAGGAGGCAGGCUUCGCCAAACACAAGGUGGAGUCACUGCAGAGACAGCUGCUGGUCAUGCAGAAAACAAACUCUCACCUGCAGCACGCACUGGUCAACCAGUCACGUACCAUCCGCAAUCUGCGCCUCAAGGUCAACACCUUGUUCCGCCAGCAAGACGGACUCUUGUUGGCUGAUGAUACGACAGUGGCCAUCACUGAUCAGUGUGGUAACCUGACCCACGUGUCCGGCCCCACCACUCACCAGACAACCUCCACCCUGUACGGCUCCUGGAUGAAGGACCCUCUCGCCUGUAAAGCGGACGUGAACAGUAUCUGGCUGAUGGAGGACUGGUACAGUAAUGUUAUACUGGAGUACAGUGACAUGGAGAACUUUCAAGCCAAGAAAGAGGCCGAGACGUACAACCUCCCGUAUAACUGGUGGGGGACGGGACACGUCGUGUACAAGGGCGCGCUGUUCUACCAUUCCCGUAACAAGAUCGUCAAGUACGACUUCAUGCAGGAAGAAGUCAUGGCUGAGAGAAAACUCAACAACAUCGGACCAUACCACUACCAAUGGGGAGGGGCAACUCUGGUGGACUUUGCCGUUGAUGAGAAAGGCUUGUGGGCUAUCUAUGCUGCGCAAGAGAACCAUGGGAAACUUGUGGUGAGCAAGAUGGACCCUGACAACCUCUCCUUUACGCAGACGUGGACCACAGAUCAGCUGAAGACUGAUGCUGGCAAUGCCUUCAUGAUCUGUGGAGUACUGUACACCACUAGAUCUGACAUCAAGCAAGACAUCAUCAGCUAUGCCUUUGACACAGACACUGGCAAAAGUAAGAGCCUGAACAUACCCUUUGUCUCCAAGUACGGUGCUACUUCCAUGGUGGACUACAAUCCUAAGGAUAAGAGGUUAUAUGCCUGGGAUAACGGCAACUUGGUGACAUAUAAUGUUACAUUAGAAACGUUUGGGAACACCUAGUACAAUAUAGGUGACAUGGCAAAAAAAAAAAAGAACUUACAUGUAUAAUCUGCUUGAUUAUUGAUAACCAUAACUUUGCGACUAUUAUGCUGAAAGUACCUCAAAAUGGGUAUCUCAUGAUUAUCCACUUUGUAUUAUUUUAAUAAUUUUGCAGAAAUAUGGAAGGGACAAAUGGCAAUAUGUUGUGAAUAAUUCUUUCUCCAGAAUAAGAUCACAUUUUGCCUAGACUAACCUUCUUGUAUUGUAAAUAAUGUGACCUCAUAACUGAUGUACUGCCUCAAUUAUACAUGUACAAUGUAUGUGACUAACAGUAGUCUGUUGUGUAACUGCAGUGUUGAAAGCUGAAAUAGUCCUAGUGAGAUAAUUUAAUAUACAAAUGUAGAAUACCGGUAUUCUCAGUAUUAAUAUAAUAACUUGAUGUCGAAUGUGUAACAAAGAAAGAGAGUACAUGUACAGUGUACAUUGUUUAGGUUACAGUUGUUCUGUAGUGUAUGGUACAUGUUAUACUAGAGGAAGUGUUUGAGAAACAUUAAACUUCAGCAACCAAAUUACACAAAAAUUGCUCAUAUUCCAGUAACCAGAAAUAGCAGGAGAGAAUAUCACUGUUUUUAACAGUACAUUCCACAUAACUUUGCUGUGGUAAGGAUUACUGACUAACUAACAGCAAUGCUAUAUAAUUAUGUAGAUUCUCAACUUUACCAAAUGAAAGAUUAAGCAAUGC